AUGGGAAGCACACACUUGUUUCUCAAAGAUAAAUCGGUUCCUUUCACAAAGAGAUUUGUUUUCUUCAGCUUCUAUGUUCUGCUUCCUGUAACUCUGCUUUCUGCAUAUCUCUACCUUCUCUCCCUUACUACACAAUCCACCACCUACCACCCUUCUCUUUCUUCCCCUCCCCCAUUUUCUUCUCAUCCUCCUCUGCCUUCAUCGUCUCCUUCUUUUUCUACAGAAAAGGACAAAGUUUACCAUCACUCAUGUGACUACUCUAAUGGUGAUUGGGUCCAUGAUGAAAGUGGUCCUUUAUACAAUGUAACUACGUGUGGUACAAUCAAAGAGAGUGAGAAAUGCAUCUCUAAUGGAAGGCCUGACUUGGGCUAUCUCUAUUGGAGAUGGAAGCCCAACGAGUGCAGUCUUCCAAGGUUUGAACCUCUCACUUUUCUCCACCUUGCUCGGAACAAACACAUAGCAUUUAUAGGGGAUUCACUUGCCAGGAACCAACUAGAGUCUCUUCUUUGCAUGUUAGCCACUGUUUCAACCCCAAACCUUGUCUACAAAAGUGCCAACGACAACAAAUUUCGUCGUUGGUACUUCCCAUCUCACAAUGCGAACUUCUCCUUGUAUUGGUCACCUUUUCUUGUGCAAGGUGUUGAAAGAUCAAACGAAGGGCCUUAUUACAACACCAUGCAUUUGGAUCAUGUUAAUGAGAGGUGGGCAAGGGAUUUAGAUUGGUUUGACACGAUUGUGGUGUCAUUAGGGCAUUGGUUUUUGCUUCCUUCUGUUUACUACGAGGCUGGUUCUGUCAUAGGUAGCCUAAAUUGUCCUCAUCUGAAUCAUACUCAGAUGGAUUUUUACCUUCCAUUAAGGAAGGUUCUGAGGACUACUCUCAGUAGCAUAAUUGAGAGAAAGAGGAGUAAAGGAAAGAGUGAAGUAGAUGUUAUAGUGAAGACAUUUUCACCAGGUCAUUUUGAAGGUGAUUGGAAUAAGGCUGGAACUUGUUUGAAGACUAAGCCUUAUAAGAAGGAGGAGAAGGAAGUAGAAGGUAUGGAAGCUGAGAUGAGAAAGAUUGAGAUAGAAGAAGUGGAGAAUGCAAAGAAAAAAGCUAGUGAAUUUGGAGGGGUUAGAUUAGAGGUGCUUGAUGUAACAAAAUUGGCUUUGUUGAGACCAGAUGGUCAUCCUGGUCCUUACAUGAAUCCUUUCCCAUUUGCUAAUGGUAAUGGGGUUCCAGAACCUGUGCAAAAUGAUUGUGUUCAUUGGUGCUUGCCGGGACCUAUAGACACAUGGAAUGAGAUUUUUCUAGAUAUCAUGAAAAAAUGGGAGCAACAUAGAAAAAUCUGA